AGUAAACUCCGGCUGACGGUGUUCAAGUCCGCUGCUCGUCUCUGGCAACCCGUUAAUAACCAAACGCUAUUAAUUGGUGUUUGCACGUGGCCAAUCAAUCAUGGAACUAUUGACUCGAUAUCUGGAUAGGAGCAAUUCAAUUAGCUCAACUACGACUCAAGACAUUAUUAAAGAGGAGAUGCUGAGGGAUGACAUAAAGUACUACUUCAUGAGCCCGUGUGAGAAGUACAGGGCCCGACGACACAUACCCUGGAAAUUAGGGGUGCAGAUCCUGAAAAUUGUCAUGAUCACCACACAACUCAUCCUAUUCGGCCUCAACAACCAGUUGGUGGUGUCCUAUAAGGAGGAGAACACCAUGACCUUCAAAAACCUGUUCCUGAAGGGCUACACUGGGGUGGAUGAAGACGACUACAGCAUUGCUGUCUAUACACAGCAAGAUGUCUAUGACAGUCUGUUUUAUGUCCUGGAUCAGUACAGCCAGUUGGGUCAGCUCUCUGUGGGUCCCAUCAGUUUCGCUGAGGAUAAAGACGGCAGCCUCCUUCCUCUCAUCGUCUGCAAGGAGUACUACAGAAGAGGCAGUGUGGAGCCCUCGGAGGAGGCUUUCGACAUAGACGCCCAGCUGGAGACAGUUUGUAUGUCACAUGAUCCAUUGACUGCAAACAAAUGGAAAACUGAGAAUUCAUCCUUUUUUGACCUGGACUUUUACAGGCUUGUGGACAUCAAAAUAACGUUCCAGCUGAAGGGAAUAAACCUGCAGACAGUGCGCUCACGAGAGUUACCUGACUGCUACUCCUUCUAUGUUUCGAUAACAUUUGACAAUCAGUGUCACAGCGGAAAAGUGAAAAUAUUCCUGGACAUAGAUGCUCAGAGCAGUGCAUGCAUAGAUUGGAAGAUAUCUGGGACUGCUCAGAAGAAUACACACUAUAUUCUGGUUUUUGAUGGCUUCGUCAUACUGGUCUGCCUCACAUCAGCAGUGCUGUGCACCCGCUCUAUCGUACUGGCUAUCAGGUUACUCCAGAGAUUCUCCAGGUUCCUCCAUGAGAACUACAAUCGUAAAGUGUGCGAGGACGACCAAGGCGAGUUCCUGAAUGGCUGGUACGUGCUGGUCAUUGUCAGCGACCUCUUGGCCAUAAUUGGAGCCAUACUGAAGAUGGAAAUACAAGCUAAGAGUCUAACAAGUUAUGACGUGUGCAGCAUCUUUCUGGGAACAUCCACAUUAAUGGUGUGGGUUGGUGUUAUCAGGUACCUGGGCUACUUCCAGAAAUACAAUGUACUGAUUUUAACCAUGAAAGCAGCCUUCCCCAAGGUCCUGCGGUUCUGCUGCUGUGCUGGCAUGAUCUACCUCGGCUACACCUUCUGUGGGUGGAUCGUACUGGGGCCAUACCAUGAGAAGUUUGAGGGCUUGAGCCGUGUGUCGGAGUGUCUAUUCUCCCUGGUGAAUGGUGAUGACAUGUUUACAACCUUCGCCCAGCUCAAAGACAAAAACACUUUGGUGUGGCUCUUCAGCCGGGUUUACCUCUACUCCUUCAUCUCCCUGUUCAUCUACAUGGUGCUGUCACUCUUCAUCGCCCUCAUCACCGACGCCUACGAGACCAUCAAGAACUACCAAAAGGAUGGAUUCCCACUGACAGACCUGCACAAGUUCCUCAGAGAGCAGCGAGAUGUUCCUGUUGUGGAGGAGGAUAGUCAGACAGACGAUCAGGUCCGAUACUCAAUGUUCUGCUGCUGUGAAAGACGUCCUGAAAAUGACAACAUGACACUAAUCAGCUGACCGACAUCAAUCUGGGAGGUGGAGGAAGUGGAGGAUGCUGGGAACAAAACUUCACAACUUUAAUACAGACUUAGGAAUCAAAGGAUCCACUUGAAAAUCCUGAAAAGUGUCAAGUUAUUGUUCUAUUUGAUCGAUUUUUGUAGAGUGAAGUGCAAUAUAAAAUACCAAAUGAGUUCCCUCUCUUGAACAGAAACCUGAACCUUGAGCUCAGAUGUUGGAACUUGGAUCAAGACAAAGAGAUUUCACAUUAUUAAACAGUAUCUACUGGAGCUCAGGAUAUUGUUGAGAAGUUUACCAGGCCUUUUUGUGGCAUGCACAUGUGUUUCAGUUGCCAAAGAACUGGAUUCAGUAUUUUCUGUAUUUGAAUGUUUCUGCAAAUGUCAUGCAGUGCUAGAUGUAAUUUAUUUGUGAGAUGUGAUGGGUUUGUUUGCUUGAAAUUUUGCAUACAGUAAAGCUAAUCUUUCUAUUUUUCA